AUGGGGAAGGGAGGCACCAAGUUUGAGGGCGAUGCGGUCGGCAUCCGCGGCAAGACCAAGGUUGGGCUGUCUGCCAAGGAGAUGCGCAAGAACAUGGAGAAGUUCCUAGAGACGGGCGUGCACCCGGAAAUCGAGAGGCAGCAGCGGGAGGCGGCUGGCGACACGGGCUACGUGUCGCUGCCCGACCACGACCAGCACCGCCCCUUCGUCUUCUGGGAUCUCACGAUCGACAACAAGCCCGCCGGGCGCCUCGUCAUCGAGCUGUUCGAGGACCUGCACCCCAACGGCGCCAACCACCUGCGCACGCGCUGCCUGCCAGGCGCGACCGCCAGCCUCUCGGGCGCGACCUUCCACAAGCUGCUGCGCCACUACGCUGCAUUUGUGGGCAAGAGCCCCGCGGCUGCGGUGCCGGCGCUGCGCUCAAGCAAGUACCUGCGCAACUCAGAGCUGGGGGCGGUCUCGGUCUCCAACGACGGCACUGAGGUGGUGGGGCGCGUCCACAUGGGCAAGGAGGCGCUUGAGGCCCUGAACGACCUGAGCACCACGCCCGACGACAUGCCCCUGCAGCGCAUACGCAUAGCCAAGUGUGGCGCCACCAACCACAAGGGCACCCACGACACACUGGACGACGCCGACAAGCGGGAGACGGCGGCGCAGGCGGCGGAGCGGCUGGAACAAGAGUCACAGAGCACCAAGGCCUCCAUCCUGGACGCGCUAAACGAGGGCCUGCGAGGCGCCAAGCGCAAGGCGCCAGACGCCGCGGGCGGCGGCGCGUCGACCUCCGGCGGCGGCGCUAGCGGCAGCGGUGCAGGCAGCGGCGGUGGCAACGCAGGGGGAGCAGCGCGCAACGUGCGGGGGCGGACGAUGAUGGACCCUUUGGAAGGGCUCAGCAGCGGCGACAGCGAAGAAGACGAGGGGGACGAGGGAGAGGACACUUAG